UAUUAAAAUACAAUAAAAACAUACUUAUACGACAAUGUUCACAACACUUCAUACAGAUUAGUGUACAAAUACAAUAGUUGUUCUUCUUUAAAUUACAAUGGUUUGCUUUUUCAGAUUUUCUAUGUAAUUUUUUAUAAUUUUCUUUAUAUAAUUUGUAUUAAAGAUAAAGUUUAUUGAAAUUCUGCAGAUGUUGUUCACCCGUAACGUACUUUCCUCAAAACUGUACUUGUGGACCAUUUCGGAAAAGCAACGUUGGUCAAGAAGUACUUACUUUUUUUAACACUACACACGUUUAGACAAUACAGCCAACAGUUUGUAAACUAAUCAUUAAAUAUGUAACCUUAGGUUUAAAAAAACGGAAAUAAAGUAAAACCGGAAGUUCUUCUGCACCCUUCUUGCAAAGUGGUCUAUACACGUAACGUCAGUAUCGUACUCUGCAGAGUUUUACACGCAAUCUAAAUGGAUCUCAAUUUUGUUGAAAACGGGCUUGUUUAUUUAUUACUGAAAGAAUAGCAAAAAGACGACAGAUUUCUAUUCUCGCAAAACGCUUUGAAACCGUUUCAUCAAUUUUUUAUCCGUUUUUCUCCUGAGAUUCGUUUGUAACUCGUCUCUUGCUUCAUGAAUAUUAUUGAAGACACGCCCACGUUCAUCGAGCGGACAGCCACGCAGCCUAAUUUAAAUAUAUAAAUCCGCCCCUCGCCAUAGUAGGAUUCCAGAUAUUCCAAACCGGACAGUUGGCUCGGAGCCACGCCCCGUCCCCGCUACAUGGAUGUUUCAUUCAGCAUCUCUGAUCAGUGACCACAGGAAGGAUUUGACCUCGCUACGGUGGAGGACAGGACGCAUCUCCUAACUAUACUGGGAAAGCAUAACUCAAUUAACUAUGGCAAACAGAGGACCCAGUUAUGGUCUGAGCCGUGAGGUCCAGGAGAAAAUAGAGCAGAAGUAUGAUCCCGAACUGGAGUCUCUGCUGGUGGACUGGAUUAUUGCCCAGUGUGGAGGAAAUAUAGAGAGACCACAGACAGGAAAACAAAACUUUCAGAACUGGCUAAUGGACGGCACGAUCCUCUGUAGACUCAUUAAUAGUCUGUAUCCGCGUGGUAAGGAGCCUAUUAAGAAGAUCCAAGAGACUCAGAUGGCCUUUAAACAGAUGGAAAAGAUCUCCCAGUUCCUUCAAGCAACCGAGGCCUAUGGAGUAAACAUCACGGACAUAUUUCAAACGGUGGACCUGUGGGAAGCGAAAGACAUGGCUGCGGUCCAAAGAACUCUGAUGUCUCUGGGAAGCGUGGCUCUCACAAAAGACGAUGGGCAGUACCGAGGUAACCAAGACUGGUUUCACAGGAAGUCUCAAGGCAAUCGGCGAGAGUUUUCUGAGGAGCAGUUGCGCCAGGGCCAGAAUCUGAUUGGCCUGCAGAUGGGCAGUAACCGUGGGGCAUCUCAGGCUGGCAUGACUGGUUACGGCAUGCAUCGCCAGAUUAUGUAAAGCUAUACUGGUGCCCGAGAACGUGCCUAAAACAACCAGAAGACCUUAAACCCUCUAACCCCAGCCCACACUGAGCAGUGUACCUGCCGAGUCUCUGAUGGCCACGUGUGUUUGAAGAGAAAGAAAGAUCCCAGUAACAUCAGACGCUGUAUUAGAAAGUAUAGUUUUAAGAAUUUCAGCCCAUACUCUUUUAAAUUAUUUAUGAUACAGCAGUGAACUAUUAGAGCAUGCUAGAUAUAUCUAUUUAUUUUUGUUUAACUCAUCUUGUUGUAAAAUAUUUAUUUAUUUGUAAAUGUAUUCGUGUAUUCGUUCACAUUUUAUCAAGCCAAUAAACGUAAUUAUACAUAAUUAUCUGCCUUAAUAUCUGUAAGCAAACUAUAUGAUGGUAAACCAAAUAACAGCAGUUUAACAAUUUUCUUGUUUACUCGGUUUUAAAUGUGCUGUAAUUGCCAAAGUUGGCACAAACACAUAAUUCUGCCCUUGUUGGUACUAUAUUAAGUAUGAUUAAAAGGGUAUCAAUGCACAUAACCAGAUGUACUGUAUUCAGAUUAAUAUAUCGUGUUUGUGUUGUCCACGCUGUUGUGUUUGAACAUUUCAAAUGAGUUUCUUAAUAAGCUAGUUUUGUUUCGUCAUCAUGUUUUUUGGA